AUGGAAGAACUAAACUGUUUCCGCUUCAUGAUCCCUAGUCGUGACUGCAAGUCCAUCUUGUUACGCAAGAGCUCGCGAGGUUUUCAGCUUCCUUUCUUCUGCUCGCCGGAAACCGAUGACGCGGCUUGGGUUAACUCAUGGACGGCAGAGACGGAUGAUCUGGUCGCCACAUUCUUCAAGGUGUUUUCAUUUCACAUUUACGUACGAAGAUGUGUGUGGAGGAACCCAGAUCCCCCUCGCGAUGAAGACGUCGUACUCGUUGCCGAAGUUAUUGAUCUCAAGGAACCUGUUCAAGAACGGCCUGACAUGUUGUGGGUCACCUGGGCGGAUGCGAUACGGUCGAAAUGGAUAUGCAAUGAAGGUGAACCGAAUAUUAUGGAAUUCCUUCGGGACCUGCAACUCGAGACCGCGAUGCACUUAGUUCCACCAGAACGCCCUCCUUGGCGCAGGCCUAAAUGGUAUCAAAACAUAAGUGCGUGGGCAGCCAGAGUGAUUGAGGACCAGGGAUUUUCCGUUGUAGGCGGGAGCUUUCAACAGGUAGAGAACACCUUUACGCAUGGCGUGGUUCGUGUUAAAGUCAGCAGAGAAAAAUCAGUGACAGUGGCGUCACUCCGGGCUUUGAAGGACAUGGACGACAGCGUAUAUGUCAGAGCAUGUUUGCCAAUCGCUUCUGAACCGCAAGUAAUUGCUGGAAUUUCCGCGCUUGUUUGUCAGGACCCCGUACUACCGAUUGUGGGGAUCGGCAUUUCUCGGCAUAUCAUCGUGCAAAUUGGAGGCCUCUCCGGCUUCGAUGUCGAGCCCAAUCGUAUAAUGAACAGGCUGGCUACAAUGCACAUAAGUUCUAUUUCGGCAGUAGCGGCACUCAAGGAGCGUGGCGUGCCAGAUCGCAAUUUAUCAUGGAUGUCUGAUUCGUUCGACGUGAUCUGCCGACAUCGCUCAUUUCGGUCCAUGAGCUCCUCCAAUAAGCUUUACUUUCGAGGGCUGGCUCAAUGUGUUCGGAGUCUAUGUUUGGAACUUUCUGGUUAUGGGAUUCCGCACACACUGGUACAUGGCAAGUUGGGAGUUGAAGCCGUCUAUGGCAGCUUUGGAAUCGACCCAAAAGUUUUUUUCAAGAACUGGACUUUCUGUGGUAUAAGUCAUCCUUUGUUUGAUUAUUUGCACAUUACGGAGAUGGGGUUUCAAGCUAUCGACGACGAAGAGGCUAAAAAUCACUACUCUCAGUUUUGGAACGGAUAUGUUUCGAAGAAGACGUUUACCAAAGCGGUCGGUGUUGCUCGUCCAUUGAUGCAUUUGUACAAAUUAUACGCCUUUUUGCAUAUCCACGAUGAACUAGAGGAAGAUGAGCAAAGGGACAUCGCGAUUGAGAUGACAAGCCUUGUCCGGGCUGUUUCGGGCACGGUUGGUGCGGCCCUAGGAUUGUCGUCCGCAAAAACGGAUCGUACUGUGUACGAUCUCAUUGUUCCGAGCCCAGACGGAAGCUGUGUUCUGGCCUAUAAUUCAGGAGGUCAGAAGUACCUACCUAAGAUCUCGCUGACACUAGGAAUUCAUUUCGGAAGAGAUUCAUGGGAAGACAAUUUGGAAGGUUUGACAUCCAGUUUGGAUUCAGAGUGUGGGUUUAGCGCUUUUUUUCUCAGGCCAGCUCGCAGACGCACGGGACCCUGCGACGUCGUGGGAGAGAGUGUCCUGAUUACUGACUCUGUCGACACAUGGACUGUUAGGGAUAAGAACGCGAUGUGGUUGGAUUUAAAUCAGGCGUUGCGCUGUGUUUGGAACGAAACAUCUGAGGGGUUGAAACCUGUGCAAUUGCUCAAAGCCUAUGCAAGUGAGAGAACACUUCGAGUAGUCGGAUUCCCCCCAUGGCGUCGUGUCGCGUUUCUGAAGAGGGUCAUCGCCUGGGUUAAGCCUGCCUUAUUAGCACGGCAAAUGAAACUUGAUGGCGUUUUCCAUCAAGUACGAAACACGCAUCGUUCAAGCGUUUUAGUAGGCACUGUGAGGCCUGUGGGCGGUCCUGACUCCCGAACACAGAGGAUAUACGUCAAGACUGUCCCUGUCGAUUCGAUUGAACCGAGAAUGUCCCAAUGCAUUAGCUCUAUUCUUGCUGAUGUGACCCCGGAUGUGCUUGAUGUGAACCUGGGCUUGAACACAUUUAUUCAACGCGAUGGUGGGGAACAUGUUCCGACAGUUCUGGAUGUUAGAUUACUCGCAGAAACGAUCGCGACAUUCCAGAAACGAUCUCUUGAUCACAUCGAUGCGCUGGUAGCCAGUGGCGCUAGAUUUCGUGGAGUGGGCAUUGUGAAAGAGCAGCUACAAAAUUCAUUUCAGAACUCUCUCUUGGACUCUCUUAAUAACGAUGCCACUGUGGCGGAGCUGCGGAUGAGAGUUCCAGAAAUCAUAUUAUACUGCGACGAACUGUCUGGGACCGACAUCCCCUACACUUUGGUGCACGGGGACCUUCAUCUUGCAAAUAUCGGGUAUCUAGAUGAGAAGCGUUGUUACCAGAUAUUUGACUGGGGGACCGCGUUUCUUGGGCACCCAUUCUGCGACUUUGCAGUUUUCUGUGCAACGUCAAAUCUGUCAGAAGCGGAACGUCUGACUGCUGAAGAGGUGUACUUCUUGUCGUGGGAGAAGUACGGAAACCAAGGCGAAUUAGGUAGAAUCAACAGACUUGCCCUAAUUCUUUAUUGGGCCAUAAAUACCUGUUCUAUCUUGCAUGGUGAAGGUAACAGAGAGGAGUCUUGCAAGCAAGCAGUGUUGGCGAAACUGAAUACCUCUAUCACAUUUCUAAAAGGAUCGAUGGACGAACAUCGUGCAUACGAUUCUUCCGUUAGUUCGUCGCCCGAUACAAAGUUGUGCUGA